AUGGCCCUCGUCGCGACAGAACCCAUGUACGCUGUCGUCGGUGCUGGCGCCAGGCUUCCCAUCGCCAGACCAUCGGGCAAGCUGGAGGUCACCAUCAGGCAGGCUGAGAAGGCCCACACCGAGGAAGGCGACCCCGCCCACAAGCAGGAGAUCCAGGACUACCUCGACUUCUGUCACCAGGCUCGUCGGGCUGGUCGUAAGGCUGCCCUGGAGCGACGUGCUACCUCAGUUCAAGGAGGAGGCAACCACGACUGGCACAAGUUCCGAUGGCCACUCGGACAGAGCAAAGGCAAAUCGCGAUUCGUCUGCACGGAGUGUGGCAUGCUGGAAAUGAAGCCCACGAACAACCUAUCGACUUCGUGCCCUUGGGCGUUCACCGCGACCACCAUCCAGAGGCGACGACACCUCAUCACCAAGGUCAGGAAGGUGGCUCGCAGCAAGGCUCUUCGGGAAGCUCUCGGCUACCUCGAGAAGGCCAAGUUCGGCUUCCACUACUUCGCCAUCUUCGGCAGCAGCCACUUCGGCGAGGUCAGGCACAAGGACGGCGCCCACGUGCCGACAGUACAGGCUCGGCUACCCUCAACUUCCAGCACUGCAGAGUUGCGUAAACAGAUCACUGUUUCGACCCAAGGCUUCACCAAGCAGCUGAUCAGUACAGGCGAUCAGGCUGCACCCACUGAGUUUACUGCUGAGCACUCGCUGCUCCGACUUGCCACUCUCAACGUCCAGGGCCUCUCCAUCAAGGCAGUGAAGGUGUUCACCCUUGCGAAAAUCUACGACGUCGACAUCCUCUGUAUCCAAGAGGCCCGACUCUCACUCACCAGCCUGCCUGCCAUGAUCAAGUAUGCUCGGCGGCGUGGCUACAAGUACACAGCAGCAGGCCCACCUGGCCUCAACGAUGGCAGGUUCCUCAUAGACCCCAUCAUCUUCUCCAAGCAGCCCAUUGUGCAGCUGGAGGUCCCAGAGUUCGCUGGCAACGACAGGGUGGUCAUGGCUGCACUGCAUCUUCCACGAGCAGAGCCCAUCGUCCUCGCCAACCUGCAUGGCUACACCCCCAUGGCUGGCACCAAGGCCAUGUUGCAGCAUGUCUUUCAGCACGCCGCUGUCCUACGUCGGCGCCUGUGCUGCAUCGGGGAUUGGAACAUGGUACCCACUGAGGGCUGUGUGGCCGAGGUUCUUCUCAAUUGUCGUCUUCAUCUUCCUGAGACGCCCGCCGAGAUCGACAAGGCCACCCACGACAAGGGCCGACACCUCGACUAUGCACUCUUUCAUCGCGACCUCACUGUCACACAUCGGGGGCAAGCUGAAGGAGUGGCAGACCACGACUUGGUGUACUACGACCUCGCCUGCUACUCCCAGGAGGAGCAGUACACCUACAAGAGCAGGGCACCGCUCAUCGGCGACGAGGACAUCACCGAGGACACCUGGGAGGAGGUCUACAACCAGUUCGCACACUUGUUCGACAAAGCAGAGUCACACCAGGACGCCAACGCCAUGUGGCAGCUCCUCUCCGACCACUCCGAGAGCCUACUCACCCACGAGGUGGCCAAGGGUCGACCCAGGUCAGCUUCGGCCAAGGUGGUCCACUUCCAUGGCUCCUCCACCAAGCAUGUCAACGACGAGACCAACGCCCUGGCCCAGCUGUACAAGCUGCGCAGAGUCGACCUCCACACCGACUUCGGCAAGGGCAUCCUCGAGGAGAUCAUCCACAACAGGGAGCAGAACGACAAGCUGGCCAGGCUCAGCAGCUGGAACGAGGACAUGACCACCAACGACAGCAAGACCCUGGCAUGGCUCAAGCGACAGCGACCAGAUAUACCAGUGCAGGAAGUUCGUGAAUCGGCCGAUGAGUUCAUCCACUUGCUGCCCGAUGCCAACUCGGCACAGGGGUCGCCGACGCAGCUCCUCGUCGACGCGACAGGGCUUGGAUUCGCUGGUGGCUCGAUCCACGAAUUGCCUCAGGGCCAGGCAGAGAUCCAGCAGAACUCGUGGAAGCACUGGCCGCGCAGAUUGAGGGCGCCAGAGAUGCUGGCCCUUCCAUCUUCGGGGCUAAGAUCGACCUCUCCAAGGCGCUCGAUCGCUGCAGCGUGGCGCGUGCUCUACACCUACUUCGACACCAGGGCGCGCCAGCUGGCCUGCUCCAUGCUGUGCAGAGCUUUUACUCCCAGAGGACUCCUGCAUGGCUGCCCAGCGAGCGUGAUCCUCAUCUUGUGUGACAUGAAUUUGUGGAUCAAGUACGUCGGCUCGCUCGUGUAUCGUAAGUGGGACACCCUCCUGCUGGACGUGAUUCUGGCGAGGCCCGAACGCUCCUCCAGAGCCCUAGCUAUUGCAGUGGCUGGACCACAGUCCUCGGUGGAGUUCCAGCUCGACUUCGACUCGCUGAUGCACGAGCUGCGGCGACUUCGGCGACACCACCGUGGCCAACCACAGGCGCGCGACCUGCAUCCUCGCUGGGAGGAGGUUCUGAGGCAAUGGGGCUGGAAGGCCAAACCUCCUACCACCACCGCGACGACCAGCGCCACCGACCUGGAGCCACUUGUCUCGACCUACACCACACGAGAUGGCGACCUCGACCUCACGAGGGUGGGGAAGAGCACGCUUCUGCACAUCGCCUGGAGGGCUCACCUCGACCAGGUCUGGAAGAUGGCCAAGCUCGGCAUGACCAUCGUUAUGGUCGUCCACCAGCCUAGGUACAGCCUCUUCACGCUCAUCGACGACGUGCUGCUGCUGGGGAAGGGCGGCAGCACUGUCUACAUCGGGCCCACCACCGAGGCCAAGGGCUACUUCGAGCGCCUCGGCUUCAUCAUGCCGCCCAACGAGAACGCGGCGGACUGGAUGAUGGACAUGAUGUCCGGGCAGGUGGAGGACCACCUGACGCGCAUCCCGAAGGCCGAGCUCCCGGAGGCGCUGUUCGACGCCUGGGAGCGGGCCCCGGAGGUGCUCGCUGCCCGGGCGGCCCGCGCCGCCUUGGAAGGUGGAGGCUGCUCGACGCUCGAGGCGGCUACGGUCAAUCGCACUCCUCCGCGGAGGGGAAACAGCGGAAGUUGGACCGAUGAGGACCACAAGGUGGGCGAGGAGCUCAUCAAACACCACAUCAAGG